AUGGUCUCAAAUCAGCACCAGCGCUACUCUAGGGCGAUGAUGACAUGGGGCAUCGGCUACGGGUUCUUUCGACCACCCUCCGAUGUCUACGACCAAGCGCGGCCUGGAGUGUGCGGCUACAUCGAUCACAGCGGAAAUUGGAGAAAGAUUGUGGACCUAAAUAGUCCGGAUGAAUUGAGCGCGGCCAAUUUAACAAGCUUCUCUGAAGCUGUGCGCCUCCAGCGGCCUUCUUUCCACACUUGGGGGCCCAAGUACACGGACACUGUCAGUGAAACCACUGUCGGUGUCGAUGCAGGCGUGGCGGCUGGUAUUCCUAUUGAGUGCUCUGCCAUCUACAGUUAUAGUACCAGGUCUGAUUUCGCAGCACUUCUGCUCUGCGGUGACAAUGUGCGGCAGACGGCGUAUCCUCACUACGAUCCGUUCCGAAGAUGGGCCAAGGCCAAUGCAAAGCGCAUCUUGCAGAGGCAUGGAGAUGUCGCCACGCAUGGCCUCUACGUGAUGACCAGCACUUGGUCUGCCCGGGACGUCUACAUGAAGGCCUGGACAAACAUGGAUAACAAGGUGACGAUUGGAGUCAAUUGGAGUGUUCCAGAAGCUGGCGGCGCGGCCGCGUCCGUCGAGUAUCAUCGCGGAGGCUCGACUGGGGGCUGGGAGCACCCGACCAUUGAUGGCCGCGAGCGGAAGGUUCUGUUCUUUGGCGGCGUGUACUUGAGAUAUUGCCGCCUGCUUCGACAUUUUUAUGAAGCCGACCAGCCAACCUGGCCAGGCUAUUUGGGUGACGGCGACGGAGGGAAAUUCUUUGUUGAGACGGACGACGGUGCUUUUGAAGUAGAGUGUUCGAUUAUUUAG